UACCCAGUGUACGAACCCGGAAGUUUGGGAAUACAGCCAAAAAAGCUGUCGCCGAUCCAGAAAGCUUCAACCAAGGCUCACAAGAUAGCUAACAAACUGUCGUUGUACAUGUAGCGAUCUUGCAUAUUUCUGCGGAUUCAAAAUGGAUGCGGAAACAGAGUGUUGCAAUUGAAAUGUCUGUUGGCAGAUGUCACCUCUUGGAUUUGCCCUGGGAGGAUGUGUUGGUAACACACAUCUUCUGCUACCUGCCGUUACGCCAGCUGGUGCGGCUACAGAGAGUGAGCAAGCAGUUCUAUGCCCUCAUCCAGGUGUACCUGGCCAACUGUCACACCUUUGACCUCACACAGAUAGGGCCUAGCCUUCCCAAGGAGGCAUUCUGCAACAUACUAAGGGACAACAAAGUCCUACAGAACUUGUCCGUCCAGAACUGCUCCGAUUGGGUGACAGAUACGGAGCUGCUGCCUGUGAUUGGUCAGAACCAGCACCUGCUGAGAGUAGACAUGAGGGGGUGUGACCGGCUGACCCGUCACUCCUUAGUAGCCGUGUCGUUGAGCUGCACACACCUGCAGUACCUGGGCCUGGCCCACUGUGAAUGGGUGGACAGCCUGUCCAUCCGCAGCCUGGCUGACCACUGUGGGGGCCUGAGGUCCAUCGACCUGACGGCCUGCCGCCAGCUCAAAGACGAGGCCAUCUGCUACUUAUCCAAGAAGUGUCUGAAGAUGAGGUCGCUGUCUGUGGCGGUCAACGCCAACAUUACAGACGUGUCUGUGGAGGAAGUGGCCAAGAACUGCAGGGAGCUGGAACAGCUGGACCUGACAGGCUGCCUGAGGGUUAGGAACGACUCCAUCAGGACUGUUGCAGAGUACUGCCCCAAGCUGCAGUCUCUGAAGGUGAACCACUGUCACAACGUGACUGAGUCCAGUCUGGACCCCCUGCGGAAGAGGAAUGUUGAGAUUGACGUGGAGCCACCACUACAGAGGGCUCUUGUGCUGCUGCAGGAUGUGGUGGGGUUCGCUCCCUUCAUCAACCUCCAGAUCUAGGCUAAAGGACAUCUGUAUUAUUCAUCCAACCAAUUGGAAACAGGUUUUCCUCCACUAGGAGAAUGACCUGUUUCAAUUGAAACAUACCCUGUGUAUGCUGGGACAUCCAUUAAGCAAUUCAAGGACAAACAAAAACGGAUGUAUAUGGGAAAUAUAUUGUGAAACUUGUCUCUUUAUUUAUUACAGUGAUGUUGCAGAUUAUAGUCAUGCACUUAGAAAAGGACUGAAGGGAGCCGUGCACUUUUCAGUACCACUGUCAUGAGUCCAAAAGAUUCCUGCAGUAUUUAUUCUUUAUCUCAUCACACACUAACAACACUUUCGAUGGUCUUGUGAUCUAUAGCUUUUAAAAAAGGGACUAUUCCAACCAAAGGAGAAGCCGUAACUAUAAGAGCAUAUUGUUGAGUUUUUGUGUGUUUAUUGACAUGUUACUCUGCUAAAUGAAUACUGCAUACACCUCUAAAUGUUUCAUUCAGAUUAGCUUGGUAAACUUUUAUAAAUUAGGUCGGUAAAUGUUUUAUAUUCGGUAAAUAAACGUUUUAUAUUGUG